AUGUCUACUCUUCUGUUUGCUAGCGUUACGAUAAGCUUGGUAUCUGUGCUAGCAUCCAGUAUCUUAGACUUAACUGGCGGAUGGGGAGUAAAUAUUACCUACUUCGUUGUAGCGUAUUCUCACCUGUGGCAAGUGCAGUUCUUCAGUAUAGUGCUGACAGUGCGCGACCUGCUGGGCGUAGUGUGUACGCUGCUGGUGAGGAGCGUGCGACCGCCGCUGGAUAGGGAGGUCCAGCUGGAGGAGGCGGCGACCUCCGGAGGGCGGCGGUGGGUGGCGGAGGGUGACCUUCGACGCCUGCAACGUGCCAGGCUGGCGCUGCACCGCGUCGCCCGCCUCUGCGGACGACACUUCGGAAUCGUGCUGGUGCUGUCUGUGAUCCAUAGCUCGAUCCUCCUGGUCCUGCUGACGUACGGCGUCGUGCUGAUGGUGACGCGGUUGCAGUUCCUCGAGAGCGUGCUGAUCGUCGCCGGGUGUGUGGCCUGCACGAAGCUGGUGGUCGCGGCGGGUAACCUUCUGGCCGUGUGCUGGGCCUGUUCCUCCGCAGCGGACCGUGCCGCCACGGUGGGCAGGAUGGUAGACCGGAUCCUGGCUCCCCCGCUACCUUUUCCGGCGCCACGUGUUCUGCACCUGUCGGUGGAGAGGCUCACGUUCUCUGCCGCCGGCUUCUUCGACAUAGAUCUGCACUUGUUUGUUGCUGUUGUUGGCACCGUCGUAACCUACAUUGUCAUACUCGCACAGUAUUUUUUAUAA